AUGAUUUACACUCUGAUUCUCUCUGGGAUUUUACUUCACAUCUCAGAUGAAGCUGUAAUUAAUGCACUGAAUAUCGGAGUGAAAUCUGGAUCACCUGGAAUUUUCCCCUGUCUAUAUGAUAAAAAACAUAAAGAAAACCGUAAAUACUGGUGUGAGGGGUCAUAUUGGGUCUCUUGCAUUAUUUUGACAUAUGCAAAUGAGACAGGAAAAUAUUCCCUCACUGAUUAUCCAGCCCAGAGUAUUUUUACAGUGCAGUGGGAGAAUCUGCAGACCUCAGACUCUGGAUAUUACUGGUGUGCUGUGGAGAUCGGUGACUAUAACACUCUAGACGCCGGUUAUUAUUUGUAUCUGACGGUACGAUCAGCUCCUGAUGUGUCUGUGGUGAGCAGCAGUGUCUCUGGACAUGAAGGUGGUGAUAUCAGUGUUAAGUGUCUCUACAGUUCUAGAUAUCAGAAUAAACUCAAACAGUGGUGCAGAAUUAAAGAUCAGAGCUGUUACACAGUGGGGAGGACCGACACAUCCCAGAAUUCAUCAGUCCAGAUCAGUGAUGAUGAUGAUGGGAGAACCUUCUUCACUGUGCUGAUGACUGGACUGAGACUGACUGAUUCUGGCUGGUACUCCUGCUCUGCUGGAGAUCUGCAGGUUCCUGUUCAACUCACGGUCACUGAACCCAAAAGAGCAUUUACAACUAUUCCGGCAACUGCACCAUCUGACUCUGAGGCAGACAUAGCUAUGAUUACUGAUUCAAAACCUGAGACAGACAGAGCUGAAACCCAUCCAUCUCUAACAGCAGCCUCAGAGACUGUUAAUACUGAAAUACACAGCAGCACGGAUGAGCAAAACAAGUCUGAUGUGAUUCUGGUCACGUGUUUGCUUUCGAUGUUUAUGCUGUUACUGAUUGUUACUCUUGUUGCCAUAGUAACCUGGAGGCUGAGAAAAAAGCCGGCCUUCAUCAUCAGUGAAUUCAGAAGAUAUAAUGAACUCCUGACUGUGUGGCUUCCAGUUUCAGCUGCGCUUCUGCUGUUAUUGAUUCUGAUUGUUGUUUUCAUCUCGAGAUGGAGACAGAGACCCAUUAGGCCUAAGAGAAUCUACUCUAAACCUGAAGAUCCUGUGAUAUACAACACUAUAAAUGAUGAAAACCCUAAUGAUCCCAACAAGAACAUAACCUACAGUACUAUUGAUCAUGUUCCUGGGAGUGAAGAAAAGCCUCCAGCAGGUGGAACAAUAUACAGCAUAACAUAAAGUACUGUGGGUCCACACUGACAGCAACAGUGAGAACAACUCAAGAACAGAACCUUCUGACCAACAUAAACAAAAUCAAUAACAGAGGAU